UGAUUUCUGAUUAUGCAGGGUGGUUAUGGCAACAUUGACAAACUGGAUGUAUUAGGUCCGCAGUGGGUUAGGAUGAUCGACCAUGUGAGCGGGGUUUAAACACCCUGCUGCGUCUCCACGGUGCCAUUCUGGUAACAUCCUAACAGCCUUAAGUGAUCGAUCCGCUGCAACCUGUGCGCAUGGCAGGCAACGCACCGAUAUUGAGUCGAAGGCGGUGUUUUGGCUGUACGGUGACGUUUUAAGGCAGGUCCUGGUCAAACCUACCAAUGAUACAAGUCGGUCCUAUUCUGCUGGGACUGAUCGCAAUGAACGGGUGUCGGAGCUCUGCACGGCAAAGGAGCAACCACAGCGAGACGAGGCGAUCAAGGGGAUGCGGCAUCGGUACGCGGGAGCUGUCCAUCAGCACCAGAUCCCCGACGACAAGCACGGAAACAGCAAGCAGAACCGAGACCAAGUCGCUCCUGUUUUCAGCCUGCCGCCCCCGCCCUCUUCUCACCACCGAGACCGCACUUCGACCACCGCCGCGCACCGCCAGAGCCUCCAGGAGCUGCCGUGUCUGAGCCAGCCCACUCGGAGACCCGUUCACAGCGGAGACCCUCUACCUCUGGCGAGCUACGACACCAGCCAGCGACCUUCACACCGAGCCGGUGAACCCAGCACCGGGAAGCCGGCGCACCUGCAGCAGGAUCCCUGGGCCCCGGCCGGCUCCCACCAGCAGCCGCCGCCGCCGCAGUCGGAGAAGCAGCCUGUUUUUCCGAGCUGCCACUGCAGUUUUUCAGAGCAGGAGGCGAGCUUUUCUCCAAACCAGCCCCAUCCUGUCGAUCCUCUCCCACCGCAGCCCUCCCCACCUUUUCCGCCGCCAAUACCGCCGCCACCAACGUCGUCCUCCUCCUCUCUGCUCUUUUCCCGGGAAUCUAAAAGAGGGGAUCGUCUCCGAAGGAGUGCCAAUAAUUACCAACAGGCAAGCAUCGUGGAACGCUGCAGGGGAGGAGGAGGAGCAGGAGGGCACCGAGACCACAGGCAGUUGUUGCAGCAACAGCAACAGCAGCAGCAACAGCAACACUGUCAUUUAAGACUCCAACAGAGGGACCCCUCCCCUGAAGGAAUCCGGGUAAACUCACAGAAAGGGCGCUCUUUAAAUGUAUGUGAGUCAACCGAGGCUAGGAGAGCAUUCGAGUCUCAGACUCAGGAGCUGCAGCAGCAGCAGCAGCAACAGAUCCCACAAUUACGAGCGCAGCAACAGCUGCUGGUGGGGAGCAGCUUGCCUAUCAACUACUGCGCCAGCGGCUCGGGAGAGCUAUGUAGGACUCACCAGGCUCCACUGCUGCAACAGCAAGAGCAGCAGCAGCAGCGGCAGCGGCAGCAGCAAGGCGCACUGGGGCUCUGUCCCCAGCGUCCGCAGCACUGUGAACAAGACCGCAAUAAGUCUGGGAGGAUCACCGCGCAAGGCGACCACCGCGACUCCCGCGUAACCGCCCCGGUAACACAACAGGCAUACGCGGGGAACUCGUCUGCGACUGGCAGCAACAGCAGCAAAGACAGCCCCAACUACGGCUCCAGCUAUCACCUGUGGCCAGAGAGCCCGCAUAAAGGAGAGGAGAGGAUACGCAUCGACCUAAAUAAGGCCACUACUGAGCAGAAGAAGCUGAGCCAUGCUGGAUCCAAGCCCUCCCUCUCCGAGAGCAGCGGCCGACUCCCUCAGAUAGCCAUGAACACCUGCAAGUACAAUGGCGGAGUGGUGAGACCACUAGUGGGCAGCCUGGCGUCCUCGUCGCGCCGCAACCUCGCGGAGCUCGACUCGGAGACGCAACCCUUGCAGACGCUGCACAGCUCUGGGCUGGAGGUGGUGGUGUCCAAGGGCAACGGCGGCGAAGACCCCAGCAAGGCGUCCAAUGAGAGUCUGGUCAGGGAGGGCAGCGGGCGCGGUGGAGGCAGGGCUCCCCAGAAGAAGAACAGGGACAUUGGCUACAAGCUCGGCCACCGGAGGGCGCUGUUCGAGAAGCGGAAGCGGCUCAGCGAUUACGCACUCAUCUUCGGGAUGUUUGGGAUUGUCGUCAUGGUGACAGAAACGGAACUGUCAUGGGGGGUUUACACGAAGGAAUCUUCAUACUCAUUUGCACUGAAAUGCCUUAUCAGCCUUUCCACUGUUAUAUUGCUUGGUCUUAUAAUAAUGUACCAUGCCCGGGAAAUCCAGCUGUUUAUGGUCGACAAUGGUGCGGACGAUUGGAGGAUAGCCAUGACGUAUGAGCGAAUCUUCUUCAUCGUGCUGGAGCUGCUGGUGUGUGCCAUCCAUCCCAUCCCGGGCCAGUACGUCUUCACUUGGACGGCGCGGCUGGCCUUCACCUACACGCCGUCGGUGGCCGACGCUGACGUGGAUAUCAUUCUCUCUAUCCCCAUGUUCCUGAGACUCUACCUGAUUGGCAGGGUCAUGUUACUCCACAGCAAGCUGUUCACGGACGCUUCGUCUCGCAGCAUCGGCGCCCUCAACAAGAUCAACUUCAACACACGCUUUGUCAUGAAGACCCUCAUGACCAUAUGUCCAGGAACUGUUCUGCUGGUGUUCAGUAUAUCCUCCUGGAUCAUUGCUGCAUGGACUGUGCGUGUCUGUGAGAGGUAUCAUGACAAACAGGAAGUGACCAGUAACUUCCUGGGAGCUAUGUGGCUCAUCUCGAUCACCUUCCUGUCUAUCGGCUACGGUGACAUGGUACCACACACGUACUGUGGGAAAGGCGUGUGUCUGCUUACAGGGAUCAUGGGAGCUGGUUGCACUGCGCUGGUGGUUGCAGUAGUAGCCAGGAAGCUGGAGUUGACCAAGGCUGAGAAGCAUGUCCACAACUUUAUGAUGGACACACAACUCUGCAAACGAGUAAAGAACACAGCUGCCAAUGUACUCAGGGAAACAUGGCUCAUUUACAAACACACCAAGUUGGUCAAGAAGAUAGAUCACGCCAAGGUGCGGAAACACCAGCGCAAGUUUCUCCAAGCCAUUCACCAACUGCGCAGUGUGAAGAUGGAGCAGAGAAAACUCAAUGAUCAGGCCAACACCUUGGUGGACCUGGCAAAGACCCAGAAUGUGAUGUAUGACCUGGUGUCAGAGCUGCAGGAGCGCAGUGAGGAGCUGGACAAGCGUAUCGGCACAUUGGAGGACAAGCUGGACUCGGUGACGGGCAGCCUGCAGGCGCUGCCCUGCCUCAUCUCCCAAGCCAUAACCCAGCAGCAGCAGGACUUCCUGGACGGCUUUGUUCACCGCUUUCGUCCGGCUUCGCUAGCCUCCGAGCGUUCCGAACGCUCUGAGCGAUCCUGGACUUCCACCGCCCGUAGGCGGCGCUCUCCCUCCACAGCACCACACACCUCCUCCGAUAGCGGAUAACCUUGACAAACCUUCUGUAAUCACCUUCGGGCCCCGCCUUUCCCCACACCAACGCGUCACCUCAUUCUGUCCCGCCCAGAGCUGUCCCUGUGUCCGCUGGCGAGUCCAUGUCUGGACUAGUAAUGAACCCAUAUCUUGACCCCUGACCUGAUCCUUGCCCUUAUUCUCUCCUCCCCACUCAUCCCCUCUGCCCUUCCUCCCCACCCAACAAAAAAUCCAAAAACCAAUUCCUCUGUGACUGAGCCUCUCAGCACAGCUUGGAUUAGAGCUACUCGGAAAGAACAAAGAAAGGCAAAUGAGACUUAAAUCAAGAAAAAACACAAAUGCAUCCAAAAAAAGAAAAACUGAAAAAAAAAUCAAAAAAUGACUGAAAAACCGAGAUAAAGUAGAGAUAUGGUUUAUGUUUUAGCCAUUGUAUGGCUGUCCAAGUUAGCUUUUUUGUAAAAGCCCUUGUAUAGUUAAAAAAUGACUGAGUUCAGGGUCGCUGGGGUGAGAGCUGGCUAUCACACCGGAGAGUCCUUAACCAUGAGGGGGGAAGUUGGUCUGUGGAGCUGAGAGCCUCGGCUCACCUGCUGGCCCUCAGAGGCCAUGGAGGACAUCUGUCCACCCAUCCGUCCGUCUAUCUGUUUGUCCGGUGAGGAGAGCGAGACAAACCAUUGGAUUUCCCUUUCAAAAGACUAGUGUCAUGGAUUCUUUCCCAUAGAUUAGGGUGAAAGCUUUAGGAGAGGCUAUGAAAGCUCUGACUUCAGGUCAGAGUUUGAAAACGCACUUAAAGGGGAGGGGAAACUGUCACACAAAAGAAUAGCAAAGGGGAUGCAUAUGGCAUUACUACUGGGUAGGAAAAAUUUACACAAUUGCCAACUUCAAGGUAUCAGCUUCCUUGUUCUUACCAAGGGAAAAAUGAGAGCGACUAUCUUUUUUAGUUACAUAUUGACAUGUGAUUUUUCAGUGCCUGAAUGUAUAAAUAGUAGAGGGUUAUUUAAUUACUAAUUUCAGAGCUUUUUUACGAUGUUAACAGUCUGAAUACAGCAUUGCAUUCCUUUUUCAGAUACAUUCCUCUCCAAAAAUUUAAAGAAAAUGUCUUAAUGUAAUGCAUAACAUUGCCUCCAUUACACCGCAACUCUAAAUGUUUUGAAACCCCCUUUUUUUCAAUUUCUACUAACACAGUGAGAAAUGAAACAGAUCAGAGUAAGCGACAGUGAGACAGACUGAGAGAAUAUCUGUGAGUGUGUUUGUCAGAGAAUGAGUUCACUUUUAGCUCGAUGCUGCACACUCAUACACACAACAAUGAAAUAUGUAGUAGUCUACCUUUCUCACCAACACUAAUUAGAGCUUCCCAUAGUCUUCAGAAAGUGGCAUGGCUCAAGGUCUGCUGGUUCACGGCCACACAGGCACACAUCACUGGUCGAACUGAGACACUAACCCGGCUCUUUUGCAUGGUUCUGUGCAGACAGUGACAAUGGAUUACAAGCUUCCUUGGAUGGCUUGAUUAUUUACAUGAUUUGAUUUUACUAUGUUUACCUUUGUUCGUUUGUUGCUUUUCUUUCUUUAUUAUUUUUUUUUACAAAUUUUUACUGAUUUCCUUUUUUUUUUUUACUAGGAUCCCUAGGGUUUUUUAGAGUUGGAGAACCUAGAGAGUUGCAGUAAUGUGAUUCUGUAAUGCAUUCCCUGUUUAAAAUAUGAGGUGAGGUAAAAUCGCUACUGCUAAAGAAUCCUGAGAAGAUACAAAUAAAAAGUGCUGAAGAAACUUUGACGGUUACAGAACAGUGAAUUGACCCCUCAGUAAAUAUAAAAGAAUAGUUUGACACUUUGGAAAAAGCACUUUUUUUGCUUUCUUGCUGGGAUUAGAUUGUUACCACUAUCAUGUCUGUACUGACAUUAGCUUUAGAUCAGCUUAGUUGGCUGGUUAGAUUCAGCAAGUCACUGUAUCCAGAACUCCAGUUUUACUGUCUGCACCCGAGUAGUUUAACAGUUAACAGUUAGCCAGGCUUAAUUUAAAUCUACCAAAACCUGUCUGUUAUCACUACUAAUGAUUGGUUUGGUUUUAUGAGUGACAACAGUGACUCCCUGACCAGCUGGCUAAGCUGACUGGUUUCCCGCCAUAGAUUCAUGUUUACUCUACAGACCCGAAGGUAACUCUCAGCAGGAAAGCAGAAUGUUGAGCUUUGAGUAACAUCAGACCUCUGUUUUGUCUUUCUAAAUGACUCCAAGAUACAUGAGAGAUUAGGUAAUAUAGAAAAUACGAAAGGCAUGGUGUAUGACGCAUCCUAGAGUUGUGAUGACUUGCAAAGUUUUUGAUUUGAAGACGAAUAUUUAGACUCCUCCUGAAGCACAUGUGAAGAGCAGAAGAGAAAGUCAGCGGGUUAGCGGGCAAGCUGCUGUAGUUUGAAUGGCGGAUAAUCCAAGUCCCACGAGGAUGUUAGUGCUAAAAAAAAAAAACAUCAUCUUUAUGGCCCCUUAAGCUAACGGACAAACAGGAUCAUUAUUAUUUCCUGGGUCUUAAUUAUUUCCAAGCUGCUUCAGGCUUAACUGGGUCUAAGUCAAACCCUGUGUGACAGUGAACGAGUCCACUCUCCCACAGGCUCUGGACUGUCCAGAGAGCACUUCAUUUAAGAACAUAUUCAGUUUGCUAUGAGUGGAACUUAAUCAAGCAUGAAUAUUAGCUUUUUUCCUUUCAACUUGAGUUGAUGAAGCAUGACUCUUUACUGCCCCCACCUCUAGCCACUUCUUAUACAGUGCUGCACUCCACCCUGUUAAGUAUAAAGGGAUCCAUCGCGCCAUUACAGUCUCCGUUUCAAUCAGUGUCAUCCAGUGAGUCACGACGGCUAAUGGAAGACUAUCUGCUUGAUUAUGACCUCACCUGCCCGUCUGUAUCUAAGGUUUCCACCUGUUCAUUACAUCUGAGGUUUAGCGCCACGUUUGUCAUCUGUCAUCAUUAAGAACAUCAGUCCCUAAUACACAAAGAGGCUUCCCAAAUGGCCUGCAGCAAAGACCUUUAAGUGGUUCAAAAAAAAGAAAAAGAAAGAAAAGGAAGUAGCGGAGGGAACCCCUGGUCAUGUUCCAUUUUGCACUCUGUGUGUAAUAUUCAGUUACACCAGGAAGGAUCACAGAUGCUGCAGUGUCGUCCCCAGAGAGAGGUGACGGUGCUAGUGUUUAGGACUUCAUCCUUCAUCAGGCAGCAGGAAAGAGAGAGCAGACUGAAAAAAGAUAAGAGGGAAAGCUCAUGUACUGCAAGACAUCCGUUUUGGCCCGAAGGGGGGUUUUGAACAGCACGAGUGGGUGUCCUGUAAAUAUGACCUCAUUGUCGAUGUCGCCAAUUAAGCAGGACAAAUGGUGAACCGCAGGGGUAAAGGUAGCUGGGUACAACGCACAGCAUGCUAUGGGGAUGUACUAGAAAAACAACACUCAGAAAGGAUAUAUGAAGGGUUUGCAAUUCUGGCAAGCUACAAGAUUCUAUUAAUUUCACAUUUGCAGGUGGGAAUAUAAUCUAGGUUCUGUGUUUUUUUUUUUUUUUUUAAAUUUUUUUAAAAUUUACUCUGUUGUAAUGGUUUGUUUUCAUUGACAAAGACCUGCCAAAAUACCAUUCCAAUAUUUAAUGACCCGAUUAUCUCCACUAGAAAAUGAAAAAAAAAACACACUUCACUAGCAUGGACCACACCAUCAAUUUGAAGCUUGAUCGUUUAUUGGAUGCAAAGGAUUAUGUUGGCGAUGACUGAGUUUUGCUGAAGUGGCGUGGAGCAAAAGCUUAAUUGGAGAUCAGCAGUGGCUCCCAGGCCGGUGGACCCCCCUAAAGCCUCCCAUACGAAAGAAACAAAGAGUGGCUGUAACGUAGGUCUUGAGAGAUGGAACGGAUGAGGCGUGAAUAGACUUGAGGCCCGUGGCCUUGAUUAGGUGGCCCAGAACUUCUCACUUGGUAGCUGCAUCAGUACGAAAGGAGUGGCCAGACAACAUGCUAGGAUUCUGGAUGCCAUCAGGACUUGCUCAAAGUGGAAGAGGAAUCAGGAUAAGAUUGCAACUUAACCGAUCUCUGUAGCGAACUGAGGGUUGGAAGGUAAAGCAUCGUGAGAUUUUUUCUGGUUUGUAUAUGGUGUACCUACAGAUUUGGAAGGGCUUAGGCAUGAAUCUAGUUUGAAGGACAUGAUGGGCAGAGACUACCCACUUGAUUGGUUUGGCUUUGUUUGAAUAAAUAGACCGCGUGGUCUUUGGAGAUGGAAGAAGGUCGAGAUACAGAUAUGCCGUUAAAAUGAUGGUGUGAAUUGAACUUGACGUGUCGGUUGACAUUGCAAUGGACUCUGUGUAUUGCAGAAUCAAAGGAAAGAAGUUGCUGAUAGCAACAAUGAUUUGGAUACAGUUAAGUAUGCAAAAAGAGGCACACAGAAGACGUUAUGAGAGUUUGAACUAAUGGGAAAAGGACAGAUGGUCUUUGGCUGAUGUUGCUGUGUGGAUCUGAUGUCUUGGAAUUCUAUUGAAUUAGAGAGAGAGAGAAAUUGCUGGUAAUGGUGGAUGAAGGAGAGGAACUAGAGGAUUGUUGCAGUUUAUCAUGUGAGCCACCUCCAGGAGUUGAAAGAAGUUGGAAUAGUUUAACUUUAUCGUCAGCGCAGUGGCAGGUGCUUUCUGAAGACUUACAAUUGUCCAGUUGGAGAUUUAAUGUGGAGGGACAUCGCCAGGUGAUCUGUUGGGAGUGGAGGAAUGCCCCAAUUGUUUCCAGAAACAGCGGCUUCUCUGGACGCUUACCUGCUUCAGGAACCGCCGCUGGAGCGAGUGGAAGUUGAGGAGCGAGUUAUUACGUUUUGGUCUUCCCUGAGAAGUGCCUCAGAGAAGACCUCAGCUACAACAAGGGUCGCAACUGAGGUUGGAUGAGGAAUAUCUAAUGACUUGGAGAAUGGAGAGAGGAAUUCUGAUUGUAGUCGUCUCUUCGGGAUGAGCGACGUGGACAAUGGUGUUUCUGGAGUGAUGCUAAUCUCCUCUUCUCUGAGGAGAUCUGGAGCUGGGCUGAAUGUUUCCUCAUGGAGGGCUGAUGGAUGAGCGGUCCGUGGUAAGUUGGAGUUUACUAGAACUUUCAGACUGGCAACAUGGCUAAGCGACGGAAUGUGUUGCUCUGUGCGCUAGAAGCAAGAAUGAACAAAUGGGCCGGCCAGAGUGGUGUGUAUAGACGUACGACAGGAAGGGGAGUGAUUGAGGUGUGGUCCUGCUUCUGAACCUCAGCUAAAGACUUUAUCUCCAUACAGUAUUUUGUAGUGAAGUGAGGGACAUUCAUGAUGUUAUUCUGAUGAUGGUAGAUGAGUCCAAGUGAUAAAUGCAUCCCAGAGUCUUCUAUUAUCCUGAGAAGUAGGCUUUCCUCAUAGAGCAGGCAUCAGAACACACUUCUGCUGAACAAUAAGAGUGAAAAACCCAAAAACUGAAAAAAUGUAACCCAAUCAUUGUUCUGUGUACACUGCCACAUGAUGCAUAAUGUACGUAGUAGCACUGGAAUAAAUCAACUUUUAAUGGAUGGCAAAUGGGUUUAACAUGUUCUCUGUAAACUGUUCAUUGUUCCUUCAUUUUGCAGGUGAACUUUUGUCCUAACAAGGAGAGACAUCAAGGUCAAACCAUUAAAGACUAUCUUCAGCUAUGA